AAAUUCAAUAGAACAAGAACUCUCCUCCAAAAAGGCAGCCAAGAACAGGUAGCUUAAUGUGUUUAAACAACUGAAGAUAUUGUGUGCCUCAACUCCUUCCCAACAACUCCAUCGGCGUCCAAGUAUGGCAUCCACCCCGACACUGAACAUCAUCGGUUCCGCCAUUGGAACAGGCCAUGAUGAGCGUGUUGCUGGUGAUGAUUUGCAUGAACAAAACAAGCACGGUGGAAUAUUGUUGUUGACAACAAAACUAGGCAGUAGUACCCUAUCAUAAUACCAACGCCAUUUCUGUCCACUUCCCCACAUCAAUUUGUUUGUUAUUGAACCGUGUAAUCUGAAGCCGCGGUGUGCGUACAGUAGACGGCGAACAUCGCUUCUGUCCCAUCUCAUCAUCGAUGCUGCGUAAAUUCUAGUCCCCAAAAACAACAACAAAGCAUCCCCCAAACACAGGCUUCGGAAAGUUUUGAAUGGAAAUAUUUCGAGAUUUGAUUGAUAACUUCGCGCGCCUAACGUGCCCUUGCAAUCGCAGCGGUGUAACUUCACACUGCUGCAUACGGUCGCCCUCGCGGACGCGGUGUAACUUCCAGUCGACCAUAACCGGAAAGUCACCGUACCCGGGGGUACACCUUUUCCGGCGACACUGCCGAUUAUUAUAUUUGUGGAUGUGCGCAGACCUUCGCAGACUGCCCAAGAGACUACCUCAAUGCGUGAGGUGAGCUUCUCCACAGAGCAUGUCGAGCCCUUAGAGCGGGAGGGGGAAGGUUCAUCGAUAUGCGAUCGGUUCAGUGAACGGACCGUGGGUGCGCUACCGGUUGCAACCGCUGGGUGGGUUCUUGAUGGAAAAAGCCCUACCAAGACGUCAGGCGUGCAUGCGUGUGUGUGUAUGCGUGUGACCAAUUUGUCAUUGACCGCGAAAGCCGAAUGGUCAACGUGUUGUUGCUGGCAAACGCCAUCGGGCAAACGGGUAAUACGAGGGGUGAGGGAAAGAAAAUGCGUGCGAUCGAUCUGGCGUUGUUCGGAAGUCGGAUGGGGCCGAACACCCUCGGAUCAGUCGCUUGCCGUCGGACGGUGUGAACGCAACGUGGUGCAUUUCUUGGACGCUUCGAGCGCAGCAACAUAGGCACACGGGAGACAGCAUAAACUGCAGCAACAUGGUGAAAAAGCAAAUCCUAAUACCGCCCCGAAAGUACAGAGCGUGUCGUUUGUGGCAGGGUCCCCAGAUCGUGCGCAGAAUGCCGGAACCGGAGGGAGUGAUCCAUCAGCUGUACAUGGAGCGGCAGCUCCCACCCAAGGUGGCCGAGGUCGCUCGUACGCAGGGCGAAGAUCCGGACCGAACGAGCCUAAUGAUCGAGGAGCUGCGUGAUAUGAUUUAUGAAAAGGGCGAAUGCAUUCCGCACCGCAUCGACGACGACUAUCUGGUAAAGUUUCUGCGCGCUCGGUUCUGGAAUGUUCACCAUGCGUACAACCUGAUGGUGCGCUACUACGCGUUCCGGGAAAGCAAUCCCGAGUUCUACGAGAACGUCAAUCCGAUGGCGCUGCGUUCGUUGGGUGAUGACGACAUUAUCUCGAUCUCGCCCUACCGCGAUCAGGAGGGCCGGCGGGUGAUUUGCUUCAAGUUUGGCAAGUGGCGCCCGUCCAAGAUACCGAUUGUGGAUCUGUUCCGGGCGACGAUGCUGCUGCUGGAGGUCGGUUCGCUCGAACCACAGUCGCAGGUGCUGGGCGGAAUUGGGAUUAUGGAUCUGGAGGGACUUACGCUGAACCACGCGUGGAAUCUGACGCCUGCCGUUGCCCAGAAGAUGCUGGCCCUGCUGGCCACCAGUAUGCCGCUGCGAACGAGCCAGAUACACAUCGUCAACCAGGGCUGGGUGUUUGAUACGGCGUUUCAAAUCUUUAAACCCCUGCUGACGGACAAGAUGCGGCAGCGGCUGUUCUUCCACGGUACGGAUCGGGCCUCGCUGCACAAGUACAUUGAUCCGGAGGCGCUGCCCGAGCGGUACGGUGGAACGAAGCCGGAGUAUCCGUACACGUACUGGCUGGAGCAUUUGAGCCGGGACGAAAAGGUGGUGGAUGAGCUGCAGCAGCUCGGGUACGUGUCGGAACCACUGCUGGAGGAUUGAAGGAAGUGUGUGCAUGUGUGUGGGCACAUUCGAAGGAGACUGUUUGGGAGGGUUUUUGUGUAGCGAUGAAAAGCGCCAACCGUACAGGGUCUUAGAUUUAUAAGCUGAGUAUAGCCGUUGCAUGAAAAAGUGCGGGAAGUAGAUAGUGUGAUACAUAUAUUUUCAAAAAGAAAACAAAAAAAUGAAUUAGUUCAUGAUUCGCCAUACCUUUUAGACGUAGGAUACAUACAUGACAUUUAAUCAAUAAAUAAAAAAGAAGAAGUUA